CCGCAAUUACAGUCGAAGCUUACCUGCCUGCAGAGGGACGAACGAUGUACUUCUUGCUUGUGCAUCCAGCUUUCAUAUGAUAUCGCCCUUCGCCAGGUCUUUACUUAAAUCUUUAGGAGUCGAACGGAACGUAUUUAUCUAACCUGGAAGCAAUUGUGAUAUGUCAGAUUCACCCGGCCAAUAGAAUUCCGACUACUUUCGCAUAGACUUUGGUAUGCUUUAGGUCUUCGCGCAUCUCUCUACUUGUACUGGUGAGAGGAGAAAUGAAAAAUGGUCUGCCGGUUUUCUGUGACAUGUACGGUGUACGGCGUCGUCUGGACUUUGAUCGAACACUACCCUUUGCGGUUCCCCUGUUCCUGAAAUUGCGAAGCUAUAUAGGUCCACUCAUGUAUACCUUGAAGCAUUGUAGGCUUCCAGGAUGUUUUCUCAUACACUACUCGCCUCGGUACUACUACUUGCUCGUCUCUCUCUUGGAUACAAGCAGCCUUUUGAAUAUCUUGAGGUCCUGGAAGGUUUGGCCGCAGCAUACGCAGAUCCAGCGUCGGUCCUAGAUGGGACACUAUCCACACCUCUGUCUGUCGAUGUUGUUGGUCGAGUUGACGCGACAACCACCUUUGUCGGGCAAGAGCUCAAUACGGAAUAUCUCUUCGGUCUCUUCCUUCAAGGAUCGGAUGAAAACACGACACAGUUGAUUGGGACGCCUCGUUCUGUCACAAUCCAAUCCUCUGUGGUCGAGCCGCCAGUCGCCGCCGUUAGCUACAUUAGCGAAAUGGCCUUCCCCACAGUGAACAUGACCGUCCCUCUUCAGAUUGACAUGUUCAUCGCGUUCGACAACGAUAUGAGAAUUGUUUCCUAUGAUGCUAUACUCCGGCGCGUGGGUGAAUUCAUGGCGUACACCGUCCCAUACCUAGCACCUCAAAUCGCUCAGGAAUUAAACGCCACUACAACGAAUGUAACUGAACUCAUCGAACUCAAGACUGCGACCGAUGUCUGUGCAGUGUCUACUCAAUACUGCACCGGUGACAAUCGGCAAUAUGAAACUCAUGAAGUGUGUAUGUCAUUCAUGACUGCGCUGCCAUUUGGUGAAUCAUGGCAAGGUGGAAUGAAUACAGGUUGGUGUCGCUACAUCCACAAAAAUAUGGUCAAAUAUCGACCAGAGGUCCAUUGUCCCCAUAUCGGACCGACUGGAGGUGACAUGUGUAUCGACCGCGAUUACGCACAAGUCGUGGACACCAAUCCAUUCAAUCAAACCCUUCUCGCGUACAAUUCCAGCUAUAACGCGGCCGACAUGCAAGGCAUUCCUACGUCUAAUAUCGCAGAACUAGUUAAGGUCCAAACCGAAACUGUUUCAAUGACGACUGUCGCCUUCGUAAGUCGUUCGAUAAGUUGCGCAAAUCGUGUUGAUCCUGAUUUGUUCGUUUCGUUCAGUUUUCAGUUCCUGCAGUCCUUUACAUGCUCUUCCUGUAUAUGAUGAGCAAGGCCACUGGGUUUUUUCUUGGUCGACUUUCUGCUCA